CGGAGGCCUCUGGGAGCUGUAGUCCCCUUCCCCCAGCAAUGACGCUGCGCGGGCGGCGCCCGGACUACCACUCCCAGCAGCCCCCGCGCGACAGAGGCCCGGGCCCGUACUGGUACCGGUUAAACUGGAAGGCGGGAAGAAGCGAGAUCGGUGACUGUCCGCGGGCACACCGCCAGGGACCUGCUAUUGGGACCUCGUAUCUUAUGGGACCAGCAGCCCUUGCUAUUGGUGAAAUAGCUGACUGUGGGGACUCCUACGAUUGCGAUUGUUCCUGUUCAUCCUGAAACCUGUAAUUCCACGCACUAAGAUCCUCUGACCGGUGAUUCCCUGGACAUGUCGUCUUCAGGAGCUUCAACCUCAAGUUCUUACCCCAGGCCGUCCAGAGAGCGUGAGGUGAACCAUGGAGGACAUGUAGAAUUCGUUAAAAUAUCUGAUGAAGGAACGUUGGAUUUCAGACCCGGCUGUAACCAAGCAGCCCAGGACCUCGUGAACUCCAUACUGUCACCGAGGACUUGGGAGAAAUACCUGUCGUCCUGGAAAAACUGGAUACAGUUCAAGAAGUCGGCCAGGCAGCGAGGCUGGUGCAGGCCACAGAAAGUCAUGGUGGACUUCUUCGAGCACCUUAUAGCCAGCGGCUAUAGCAGGGGCAAAGUGGUGAGCACUCUGGCCGGGAUCUCAUUUUGCCUGCAAAUGAUGGAGAAGAAAGAUGUCACCAAACAGUUUAUCAUACAGCAAAUGCUGACCAGCUGGAGGAAUAAGGAGAUGGAGGACACCGUGGAGACGGAGAGCAACGGCGAUUAUGGGGAGCUCCUGACGCCCGAAAUGCUCAGCUCCGUCCUAUACGCCACUAAGAAAGUCUGCUUUGACAACAACGAGAGCCGGCUGUUCUGCGCAGCAUUUACGCUGGCCUUUUACGGCCCUUUCGACAUGGAGGAGCUAGUGGCCAGAUCUAAGGAAGAAGAAGGCACGGGUCUCGCCUUUAAAGAUGUCAUAAUCGAGCGAAAUUCUGUGUACUGCAAAAUGCAGAAAUCCCGCUCCAACAAGACCCAGUGGGUAGAGGUUAAAAAAAGAGAGGACAAGUUUUUGUGUCCCGUUACCAGAAUGAAGAAAUACUUAGAAGUUAGGCCAGAGAGUGGUAGAAACCUCUUCAUCCAUGAGAAUGGGACGCUGCUGACGCACUUCCAGUUCAGCCGAGUGCUGACCUUCGCCCUAGAGGAAGCAGGGCUCGAUUCUAGAAGGUACGGACCCCAUUCCUUGUGCUAUAAGACAUGAGGCUGCGCUGUGACUAUGGGCCGUGUGUAGAAUUACAGAGCUUGGUUAGGUGGAAAGCAGACCGGGCCCGAUUCUGACGUCUGAGUAAAGCAAAAUGAAAGAAAGCAAUGUACUGUGCUGCUGGACAAACAAUGUUGCUCUGCAGAGACAUCUGCAUGUAGUCCACAAAUCCUGGACAGCUUUAUAUUUGAGUUUGGACACAUACCCAAAUGUAAAUCUCUCUGCACAUGUUACACUCUCCACUUCUGCAUCGCAACAUGGUUUUGUCAAGUUCACAAUUACUUGCUCUUUUUUUUUUUUUUUUUUGCAUUACUCCCAACUCAGAAUCAUGCCCACUGUCAUAUAAAAUCUAUGCAUGAAUUAGAAUCAAACUAUGUAAGAAACCCACAAGUUGAAGGGAGUGACCGCCUAACGUCAUUCACUUUAUGGCAGCGUCUGGGCGUUACUCCCCUGGCAGCUUUCCAUUGGCUGAGCUGUCACUCUGGCUUGCAGAGACGGAUCCCAUUCUCACCUUCUAGGCAGCAAGUUUAGGAUAAUUCAGGGAACCGGCAAGAAACACUUCUGUUUCUGCUAUUUAAGCAACCGAUUUGGGGACCGUAAUAAUUUAGCCGGUUAUCCCCUCAAAAUAAGUUUUCCAAAGGAUCAAAUUUAAAGUGGACUCGGCAGCAGCGCACAGUUGGUUGGUAGCCAUGUCUUAGGCUAAGAAUGCAGCCGAUCCAUAAACUAGGAACUAAUGUCAGUGCCUCAUGCCUCAAUGAUGUCGCUAGUACUUAGUGAAUUGCUAGACUUAAUAUUGAUUUAACGCACAGAGAGGUUGAUUCAGUUAGGGACGAUUUGGCGUUCCAGAACGUCACCACUUAUUCCUUGCCAACCUGCAGUGGUGCGCAGGAAAGUCGGCGGUGUAGCGGUACCGAAAUGGGUAAAUAUAUGCGUAUAUCAUGGCGAUGUACAGCGCUACAUUGCCCCUAAUUGAAUCGACCCCAAAGUUUAUUUCUCCCUUGCCACUCGGCUGCAGCAUAAUGAUCACAGAUGUGCGUUUUACAUUUACUCUGAUCUGGAACCUUACAGAAAGAUUCCAGCAGUAGAGUUCACUGUUUGGGCCGGACUUGGCUCUGUGUUGAUCUCUGCUGUCCAUUAAUGCUCCAGGACUCUGAACCCUGAGGGUGCAAGACUGCACUCCUGCAGGUAGCUGGCUGUACAGCUAUUGGGCUGCAUCGACACCAGGUAUACACAGGGCUGUGAGCGCAGGUGCGUAACCAAGAGCAGGUGCUUCUCCCUAAUGGCGGGGGUCCUGCUUAACGGGUCUCCUGUGGCUUUGCUAGUUGGGGGGGAGGGGGAGUAACUACACAAACCUGAAGUUUGUAUGGCAUUAUUAAGUCGUAUAUGAAUGUUUUUCUCAGAUUAGAUAUUGGUUGUAACUAUUCUUGUGCGUGUCUGCAUACACUAUAAAUACGUGUCUGUAGAGAUUACGUUGCGCCAGAAUUUGCCGGUAGAUUUUGUUAGGUCCAUUUACAGUUAGUGUGUGGUGUAAAUGACAGGAAGACUUAAGGGCGGUAGUAUCGCUGAUCGCAAUGUCUAAUACAUUGCGACUCCACCAUUCCUUAAAGCGUACUUUUACAAAGCGGAUAUGGGAAAACCAGACGUCAGUGGCUUUUUCUAUUUUUUGUUCUUUUUAAAUUCAGUCUUGUUUGAAGUAAUGUUUCUAAGCGUCUAUUUUUCACUGUCUUCGUUUUGGAAUAAAGUUAUUGCAAUUAAA